AUGACGAAAUGCCGGCUCCGUCAUUUCAUCAUCCUUACGGGAUCUGUGCUGGCCUGCAUAUGGUACUUCCUCGGUGGUGAACUCCGAGCCAUUGCGGACCAGUACAACGUCCGAGACUACCUCAGAGCCUCGCUAGACCCGAGCAGACAGCCCGUCAGGCCGUCCAAUGCCACUGCUGUCGGCGACAAGGCCAUCGUCAUGGCUGCCCUGGAAGAGGAAGACACUCACUGGGUCGAGGAAUACCUCCCGGACUGGCAGCGGGCGAUCUACACCGUCAACCCAUCCCCGGAAACCCGACGAGACCCCAAACGUCUGACGACACCCGCAAACAAAGGUCAUGAAGCAAUGGCAUACCUCACCUACGUUAUAGAACACUAUGAUUCUCUACCUUCCAUCGUCGCCUUCGUACACUCCCACCGCAAUGGCUUCUUCAGAGCCUGGCACGUCGAUGCUCCGCUGCACGACAACGCCAUAGCGAUGCAGUCCCUGCAGACGGACUAUAUCAGGGAGAACGGCUAUGCUAACCUUCGAUGUAUGCGGAACUUGGGCUGCACGUCACCUGGCAGACACCCGCUUCUUACACCUGAAGUAUGGGGCGAACUGUUCAACGGGACAGCGCAGGGGAAAGCUGCUGCUGCCGCUGCUGCUUCUUCUUCUGCUGAUGCCAAGGGAGAUGCGAAAGGUGCUCGAGCCUUCAUACCAGUGCCGGAUGUGGUGAUGGUUGCGUGUUGUGCACAGUUUGCUGUCUCAAGGGACCAGAUUCGACUACGGCCGUUGGAAGAUUACAUACACUUCCGGCAGUGGCUGUUUGAUACCUCGCUCAACGACGCCACUAGCGGCCGUAUAUUCGAGUAUUUAUGGCAUAUAAUCUUCGGCAAGGAUGCUAUCUAG